ACUGCGCGGCGGCCGCGGGCGGAGCGCGGAGCGGCGCGGAGGAGCGCGGCGGGCGGAGCGCCGGGAGCGAGGUGGCACAGACAUGGAACGCGGCGAGCAAGGUCUGCUGAAGACAGAGCCAGUGGCCGAGGAAGGAGAGGAUGCCGUUGCCAUGCUCAGUGCCCCAGAGAACCUGUCAGAGGAGGAGCAAGAUGAGCUGAGACGGGAACUUGCUAAGGUGGAAGAAGAAAUCCAGACUCUCUCUCAAGUGCUGGCUGCAAAAGAGAAACAUCUUGCAGAGAUCAAGCGCAAACUUGGGAUCAGUUCACUUCAGGAAUUGAAGCAGAACAUCGCCAAAGGGUGGCAAGACGUGACAGCGACCUCUGCAUACAAGAAGACAUCUGAAACCUUAUCUCAGGCUGGACAGAAGGCUUCAGCUGCAUUUUCAUCGGUUGGCUCAGUCAUCACCAAGAAGCUGGAAGAUGUCAAAAACUCCCCAACUUUCAAGUCAUUUGAAGAAAAGGUUGAAAACUUAAAGUCUAAAGUAGGGGGAGCCAAGCCUGCCGGCGGUGAUUUUGGAGAGGUCCUGAAUUCCACUGCUAACGCUACUAGUGCUGAGGCCAACGAGCCGCCUCCAGCGCAGACGGAGGCCAUGCCCUGAGUUCCAGAACAUAUCCUGCUGCCCACUGCCAGGUGCUGCAAGGGACAUCAAGCACAUCUUGUCAGCGUUCAUGGCCACAGAUUUCGUCCAGAUGUGCUUUCAUUUAGCUUUACUUAUUUCUUUGACCAAAUAGUUUGCGAAUUAAAGUGGGAGCACGCUCGCCUCCACGCCAGGGAAACGCCCUUUGUAGGAGACGGCAGCCAGAGCC